AUGGCUCAUCCUUUCGUGUCUGAUUCCCACAUCCUUCACCGUGCCUUUGCGCACCGCCCCGAGAGGGUCAUUUCUGCCACGGGCGUUUCUCUGUUCCUCGAUUCUGGCCGCGAAGUCCUAGAUGCUUCCGCUGGCCCAGCUGUCUCUUGUCUGGGAUACGGCAGACAGGAGAUUACAGAGGCAGUCACGAAGCAAGUCCAACAACUAGCGUAUCUCUACUCAGGCGCACGCUUCACCUGCAAUGCCACUGAAGAACUUGCCACGAUGCUCCUUGAAGGACAGCCAGGUGGUCUCUCCAAGGCAAUCUUCGUCAAUUCAGGCAGUGAGGCUACAGAUGCCGCAAUCAAGCUUGCAAGCCAGUACUGGCAUGAGCGAGGCAUGCCCCAAAAGAGGCAUUUCAUCGCGCGAAAGCAAAGCUACCAUGGCAACACGAUUGGUGCGCUCUGCAUCUCUGGGCAUGACUCGCGUCGAGCCCUGUAUCGCCACUGGCUCUCGGACAAUGUCAGCUUCGUCGACCCCUGCUAUGCUUAUCGGCUCAAGGGGAAGGACGAGAGCGACGAGGCCUACGUCAGACGGCUUGCGGAUCAGCUGGAGGCUGAGAUUCUAAGAGUGGGCGCUGAACGGGUAUCGGCUUUUGUGGCCGAGACUGUCAGCGGCACGACGCUUGGGUGUCUUCCUGCUGUUCCAGGUUACUUCAAGGCUGUGAGAGAGAUUUGUGACAGAUACGAUGUCCUCCUCAUUUUGGAUGAAAUUAUGUGUGGAAUGGGCAAAACAGGAACAACCCAUGCGUGGGAGCAGGAGGGCAUUUCCGGCCCUGACAUUCAAACCAUUGGCAAGGCUCUUGGUGGAGGUUUCAUUCCACUCUCUGCGGUUCUGCUUCGGAGCAAGAUCUUCGACGCCUUGGCUGAUGGCUCAGGGGGCUUGGCACACGGACACACGUUCCAGGCACACCCAGUGGCUUGCGCCGCGGCCCUUGAGGUCCAACGAAUCAUCCGGGAUGAAGGCAUUCUGGACAACGUGACCAAAAUGGGUCGGGUACUAGAGAACCUACUUAGGGAACAGAUUGGGCCCCUCGAGUUUGUUGGCGACAUCCGCGGUCGCGGUCUCUUCUUUGCCGUCGAGUUCAUGCAGGACCCAGUCCACAAGGUACCGUUUCCCCCAAGUCUUAAGCUUUGCAGCCGGAUCGUGAACCAGGCCCUGGAACUGGGCCUGAACAUCUUGGGGAAUCUGGGAACAACCGGGGAAGUUCACGUGGAUCAUGUCAUCAUGUCCCCGCCGUAUGUAGUGACUGCGACGGAGUUGAGACGAAUGCCGACUUCGGGGUCGAGAAGGGGAGGUUAUACGCGGCAGAGGCGAGGGUGUGUGACGUGUCGCCAAAGAAAGAAGAAGUGUGAUCAGCUCUACCCCGUCUGCGGCCACUGCUCGCGUCUCAACUUGCUCUGCAAGCGAGAAGCCCCUCGUGCGAUACGAUCGCCAUCGCCCGUAGCCCCCGAGAAACCGAGCAUCGCCCACUCAAAAGUCCCUCAAGCCCCGAAGGCCGAAGGGGAUUGGGCCCAAGGCGUGACGAGGUUCCUGGGGCCAAUCCCAUCACCUUGUCCUAGCCAUGCAGAUACGGAUGAUCUUGUUGGGAGCAGGCGGGCCAUGCUCCGUUAUUACACAGUUACGCUUGCGUUUCUGCUUACCACCAACCUGGAAAAUAAUUGCUUCUUAUCAGGUAUGUCACUCUGGAGCUUUGGUGGCAGCGCUAACUGGCCUCCAGUCAUUCUCCCAAUGGCCUUUGAAUGCCCGACGCUUAUGUACGCUGUCUCCGCAUGGGCAUCAUCGCAUCUGGUCUUGCGUGAUGAUAGCUUCAAAGAUUUGUCAUUGCGCCACCGCGGAUAUGCUCUAGCCCGUCUUCAAGAGUCCAUGCAGAAGAAUGAGCUCUCUACCGAGAUGUGCCUUGCCGUAACCAUGGUGCUCUGCUCCAUGGAGUGCAUAUCCGAGGCAACAGACAGCUGGUAUCCCCAUCUGGCUGGAGCUGGUGGUGCGUUGAUCUCGGGGCCGGAGUCAUUGCGUGACCCAAAGCAAUCAGUUCAAUCUACCUUCGAAGGGAGAUGGCUUCUCCGGAACUUUGCAUACCAUGACGUGAUGACGAGCGUGUCCCUAGAUUGCCGCCCUUUGAUAACAGGCUUUUAUUGGGCUUCUGAGGAUGACUCUCUGGCAGAUCCAUACUUUGGGUUCGCGUCACGGAUCCUUUUCCUCAUAUCAGAAACAAGCACGUUGAAUGCCGACUUUGCCGAAGGAAAAGCGAACACAUCUGAAUUCACCGAGAUUGGUGCGGACCCUUUCAAUAGAAGCGGUUCAAGGAAGAACUUUUCCGAGCGCGCUCGACUGAUCGAGGAUGAACUCCAGAAUUGGAUAUGCCCAUUAGAUCAGGAUGGUUCGCCACUGGCCUUGCUAGGAGAAUCUUAUCGCAACGCCGCCCUCAUUCAUUUAUACCGUACCCUUCGACGUCAUAUCAACAGUCACACGUCGAUUUUACAAUCCAAAAUCACCACAUGCGUAGAAACUAUCUGCGAACUCAGCUUGGAUAUGCCCGAAGGAUGUUUGGUCGAGUGUACACUUUUGUUUCCGCUUUUCAUAGCCGGCGGAGAGGCCAUGGAGACGUCUCAGAUUGAGACGAUCCGCGAGAAGCUCUGCGCUAUGGCAAGAUCGCGCAAGUUCCGCAACGUCGAGGCAUGUUUGGAUGUUCUGGACGAAGUUUGGCGACGGAGAAGCGAUGGGUCGCGGCGUAGUAAUUGCGACAGAGUUGACUGGCUGGAUAUUGUGAAGCGCCGAAAUUGGCAGCUUUCGAUAUCGUAA